UUAGCUUUGUUUACAUCCAGUCUAGUGCAACUAGUUUCAUGAUCCUGGUGUUUUUACAGUGUUUUACAUGGGGACCUUCCCAGCAUCUAAUCAUGGUUAAACUGGAGGUUUGAGGUGGUACUCCAUGGCUUUCUUAAACACUAAACUGGAUUGUUUAUAUCUAGUUCAUGCUCCUGUAGAUCAGACCAGGUCAUGAGGAGACACUGAGAGGCAAGACAGCAACUUUUACACAGAUACAGAAUUACUGAUUAAAUAAAGUUCAUGUAUCUGUUAUUAGAUCUUAAAUAAUGGAAUCAUCAGCAGCAGUGAGACACGUCGCUCCUGUAGAUCUACAACAUGAAGAAUUCCAAAAGAUUGUAAUAAAAGAGGAAGAAGAUGAAGAUGAAAGUUUCUUCUGUGAAGGAUCCUCAAUCCCUGAGGAACACGUCACAUCUGAGGAACACCUCACCCCAGUGGAUCAACAGUGUGGAGGUUUCCAGAUGAAGCCUGUGAAGAAGGAAGAACCUGAAGAUACAGAUGAACUCACCCAAAAUCAGCUCCACAAUCACAUCAAGAGCUGCAGUGAUGAUAAAUAUGAUGCCCUGGUGAAAUGUGAGACUGAACAUGAGAACCUGACGCCCACCAGAAGCUCCAGUAAUCAGCAAACGUCCUCUGAUCCUGUCAGCAUUAACACGUCUCACCAGGGAAAACAGCAAGAAGGAAACGUCUGCUCACAUUGUGGGAAGAGCUUCUGGUCCACGAGUGAUCUCAAAACACACCAGCGCAUUCACACUGGAGAGAAACCGUAUUACUGCUCAGACUGUGGGAAGAGCUUCAGGUUCAAGCGUUGUCUCAGAACACACCAGCGCAUUCACACUGGAGAGAAACCGUAUCAGUGCUCACAGUGUGGAAAGAGUUUCAAUCAACAGAGUGCUCUCAACACACACCAGCGCAUUCACACUGGAGAGAAACUAUACGAGUGCUCACAGUGUGGUAGGCUUUUUAAUCAAACGAGUAAUCUCAAAACACACCAGCGCAUUCACACUGGAGAGAAACCCUAUCAGUGCUCACAGUGUGGGAAGAGUUUUAAUCAACCGAGUAGUCUCAAAGUACACCAGCGCAUUCACACUGGAGAGAAACCGUAUCGGUGCUUACUGUGUGGAAGAAGUUUCAGACAACAGAGUGCUCUCAAAAUACACCAGCGCAUUCACACUGGUACCAAACAGUAAUCUUAAAGUACACCUGCGCAUUCACACUGGGGAGAAACCAUAUCAGUGCUCACAGUGUGGGAAAUGCUUCGCUUAUUUAACAGCGUUUAAGAAACACAAGUGUCGCACAUCAAAUUCUACCAAAUAAACUAACGGUUUAAUUGUUUAUACUUCAUUACCAACACAAUCAUCAGGUUUUUUUAAUAAUGUAGCAGCGAUUGUAAUGUUUAGCACGUGCUCAGAUCUUGUUGUUACGUCCAUUUCUUUGUAUUUUUCUAAAUGUACCCACAGGCUCUGCAGUCGGGUGGCACAGCGGCCUUGCAGGGUUUAAUCCCACCUCCCAAAAGCAUACUAGUAUGUGGACUGACUGAUAUAACUCUGUUUUUUAUUGUUUUUAUUGUUUGUAUUUUGUAGUUUUAGUCCAUUCUGAUGCUCACAGUACAUCACACAGCUGGGAAGCAAAUAAAACCGACCGAACUGUA